AUGUGCUUCCUCUGCUUGCCCCUCCUUGCUUGCGCUUCCUCUGCUUACGCUUCCUCUGUUUGCACUUCCUCUGCUUCUUCUUCCUGUGCUUGCGCUUCCUCUGCUUGCGCUUCCUCUGCUUGUGCUUCCUCUGCUUCUGCUUCCUCUGCUUGCGCUUCCUCUGCUUGUGCUUCCUCUGCUUGCGCUUCCUCUGCUUGUGCUUCCUCUUCUUGCGCUUCCUCUGCUUGUGCUUCCUCUGCUUGCGCUUCCUAUGCUUGUGCUUCCUCUGCUUGCGCUUCCUCUGCUUGUGCUUCCUCUGCUUACGCUUCCUUUUCUUGUGCUUCCUCUGCUUGCGCUUUCUCUGCUUAUGCUUCCUCUGCUUGUUCUUCCUCUGCUUGCGCUUCCUCUACUUGUGCUUCCUCUGCUUGCGCUUCCUCUCCUUGUGCUUCCUCUGCUUGCGCUUCCUCUGCUUGCGCUUCCUUUGCUUGUGCUUCCUCUGCUUGUGCUUCCUCUGCUUGUGCUUCCUCUGCUUGUGCUUCCUCUGCUUGUGCUUCCUCUGCUUGUGCUUCCUCUGCUUGUGCUUCCUCUGCUUGUGCUUCCUCUGCUUGCGCUUCCUCUGCUUGUGCUUCCUUAGCUUGUGAUUCCUCUGCUUGCGAUUCCUUUGCUUACGCUUCCUUUGCUUGUGCUUCCUCUGCUUACGCUUUCUCUGCUUGCGCUUCCUCUGCUUUUGCUUCUUGUGCUUGCGCUUCCUCUGCUUGUGCUUCCUCUGCUUGCACUUCCUCUGCUUGCGCUUCCUCUGCUUGUGCUUUUGACGCUCGCGCUUCCUCUGCUCAUGCUUCCUCUGCAUGUGCUUCCUCUGCUUGCGCUUCCUCUGCUUGCGCUUCCUCUGCUUACGCUUCCUCUGUUUGCGCUUCCUCUGCUUGCGCUUCCUCUGCUUGUGCUUCCUCUGCUUGCGCUUCCUGUGCUUGUGCUUCCUCUGCUUGCGCUUCCUAUGCUUGUGCUUCCUCUGCUUGCGCUUCCUCUGCUUGUGCUUCCUCUGCUUACGCUUCCUUUUUUUUGUGCUUCCUCUGCUUGCGCUUUCUUUGCUUGCGCUUCCUCUGCUUGUUCUUCCUCUGCUUGCGCUUCCUCUGCUUGCGCUUCCUCUGCUUGCGCUUCCUCUGCUUGCGCUUCCUCUGCUUGUGCUUCCUCUGCUUGCGCUUCCUCUGCUUGCGCUUCCUCUGCUUUUGCUUCCUCUGCUUGCGCUACCUCGGCUUUUGCGCUUCUUCUGCUUGCGCUUCCUCUGCUUACGCUUCCUCCACUUGCGCUCCUCUGCUUGCGCUUCCUCUGCUUGCGCUUCCUCUGCUUGUGCUUUUGACGCUCGCGCUUCCUCUGCUCAUGCUUCCUCUGCAUGUGCUUCCUCUGCUUGCGCUUCCUCUGCUUGCGCUUCCUCUGCUUACGCUUCCUCUGUUUGCGCUUCCUCUGCUUCUUCUUCCUGUGCUUGCGCUUCCUCUGCAUGCGCUUCCUCUGCUUGCGCUUCCUCUGCUUGUGCUUCCUCUGCUUGUGCUUCCUCUGCUUGCGCUUUCACUGCUUGCGCUCUUCUGCUUGUGCUUCCUCUGCUUGCGCUUCCUCUGA